AUGCGACAAUAUACAUCAAUACUCGGAAUAACAACACCAGUACGUAAAAAGUCGAGAACCAUGCAGAGAUCAGUCAAUAUAGCUAGUAAAUCAGCAACAAGUAAGAAAAAUGGAGCAUGAUUCUGAAGUGCUCGUAGCGUACCACGAUUCGACACAGUAUGAUAAAUUAGGCCGAUAUAACAAGUGAUCGAAGGUAUUUGAAUGGAUAAUAGAACACAAAAUUUAAUUCGACGACUUUCUAUUGUUUCCAUUCAGUGAUAAUAAUACUAUAAUUAUAAAAAGAGCUCGCUUUCUAAAUGAGAUAACUAUCAGCUCUUUGAAUAUGAAAAUUGAAGAGCAAACCCAUGAUGUUGUGUCCUAAGUCUGUGUCUUUUCUAUAGAUAAUAGAGUUGCAAGAAGUAUAUUUAUAUUUGAUCCUUAGGAUAUAUUUUUUCGUAUUUUCGACUCCGAUAUAUCAUUAGUAGGAAUGUCUCAUGAAGUGACUAAGAUGGCAUAAUGUCGAGUAUGUAUAAAAACAAUAUUUUCUCAACACUACCAUAGACUGUGGUUGAGAUUUCCAAUAUUACAGGCAAUUUUCAUAGGUUUCAACAGUCUUAGUGUAUAAAUUGCCUCCACUAAAAUCACUUAACAUUUUGUUAGUGAAACUAUUUGACCAGUCAAAAAUUGUUUUCCUUCUGUUUCUGUUGAUACUCAAUCAAGUUUAAAUAAAACUUGGAUAAAAAAGAAAUCUCAACCACUUAAAUGUUGUUCUAGAGUUUGUUAGUAAAUACGAAUUUUCUCUGGAACAGAGAAAUAUUUUUGCUUGAUUUUUUUGAGAUAAUACUCUACUCUAUAAGCUGAAAAAAGUAUCUAAUUAUUAUCUCAAACGAUUUAAUAAUUUUCAUUGAGUUAUAGAAAUGAAAAAAUUGAAAAUGUCGCUCUACUUUUAGCAUGAACACAUUCCUUUUUGACUUCGGAUACAGCUUUCAUAUUAAUGAAGUUUAUUAGAAAAAAGUUUUUUUUCAUAUCAAAGUACAUUCUGAAAAAAAAGGUCUCUUAUGGAAUCUGUGCACAGGGGAAGAACUUUUUUUGGUUCCGUAUGCAAACACAGUACCGUUUUUGGUUCUGUAAGAAUUUAUCGAACCAUUUUUAAAUUCGACAUUUUGGUACGGAACCAAAAAAGUUCUUCCCCUGAGCACAGGUUUGGUAAGGGUGUGGG